GCACCUCCGGCCAAUAAGAGAGGAGGGGGCGGAGCGAGCGGGGCAGAAGCCGGCCGGUGUUGGGUCACGUCUGUGUGCGCUGCUUGGGUCGUGUCUGAACCUCACCAUGACGUCCAGCCAGGAAUCUAUUCUCUCUACCUAUGAGACUGAUGACGGUCCCGCAUCCAAGCUGAUCAGAAAGUCCAAGGAGGCUCCGUUUGUCCCAGUUGGAUUAGCAGGCUUGACUGCAAUAGUAGCCUAUGGAUUGUACAAACUGAAACACAGAGGAGACACGAAGAUGUCUGUUCACCUGAUUCAUAUGCGUGUGGGAGCCCAGGGCUUUGUUGUAGGAGCCCUGACAUGUGGUGUGCUAUAUUCCAUGUACAAAGAGUACUGGGGGAAACCCAAGGAAUAGAAAGAAGAUGCCUGGUAUCCGUGCGCUGGUGGUGACUUACGUACUACAGAGAUACGCCUCACAUUGAGGUGUCCUCCUUUUUAGGUGAAGAAAAACAGAGCCAAAUGAGGGUUGUGGUUCUACAAUACUGUGCAUAGCUCGUGCAUGGUACCGGCCUUGCAGUCUGAAUCGCAGUGCAGGCAGGUGGUGUGUUACCGCCAUCUGGCUCUUUGGGAUUCAUUUGUUACCAUGCACCAGCUAUUAGUGGAUAUUGUAGAGCUUAAUCCCUUUCCAUCUCCCUCCUCCAUGCACACCUCCUCUGCUCCCCUUGCCCCCUAACACACACCUGCACAUACUAAGUUGGCAACUUCUGGAGUCUCUUGUCCAGCAAGACAAGGCUUGAAUCAACUUGGAGACUGAGUUACCUGCUUGCAUGCAGAGUGACCUGCAGUUUCUGGCUAAGGCACUAAGGGGACAGCAAAAUGGAAAACUAUUUCUCCUGCUGUCUGCUCCUUCUGUCUCUUAGGCAAAAGCACUUCAGUCUCUGGAAGCUGUCAUUCUGGCACUCUUCUCUUGCAUAUUUUAAAGUCAUUUAAUCUUGGGUAUUUUUUUUUUUUUUUAGUUUUUAUUUAAAGUCAGAAGUGAGCAUUUUGUAGCAGACACCUCUAUUUAAACACAGUAUUUAUUCAGUCUUGACAAACCGAACCACAGAAACCCUAUUUGGAUAGGCUGCGGAUUGCAUAUUUUGGGGGUGGAGGACUACAGUUUUUACAGCCAUGCUCCGGGCACGUGAUGUAGCACUGCACACGUCUCUUCUGGAACCUACAUCUGUACUUUUGGAGCAAUGCAUUUUUGGGGGGGGGAUUAAACCACACAGCUUGACUCCUUGAGUGUUUAGUUUGGCUUUUAACAUCAGCUCCUAGAGGGCUUAGACCUUGCUUCUCCGUCGCCCUUGAGAUGUGAAGUGCUUCCUCCAAAAUCCAUUAUUUUCUUUUCUUUUUUUUUUUUUUUUAUAUUAAAACCUGGUGCCUUCACGGGUAGGGAAGGCACCAGUGUAACGAAUGGGUAGACGCCCUCCCUUUCUAACUCGCAUCCAUUCCACGGGGGCAGUCGGUUGUCUAAUGGUAUCUGUCGUAAUAAAGUGUGUGCCUCCCCA